GGACGCAGGUACCGCACAGGUGUCUCACUUCACCCGGAGGCAUGAUCGGGUUAGUUCGUCGCGCACCCUGAAACAGUCGAUACUUCCAUAAACCCCACAUCGCCUGAUAGCCACCAGAGUUCAGAAUGUUCCCAAUGCUUUCCGAGAAUUAUGAAAAGUUCAAACGCUAUGUGAAAUGGUUAUACUUUCUCUAUGAACUGAACACCCAAAUUGCCAUAUGCGAACCGUGGGAGAAGGUGUUUUGCAAUGUCCUGCUCGGCAGCUGUGUUUCUCUAAUCCUAUACGCCACCUUUGCCUAUAUUCCCGGCUACUGUCUGAGCGUUUUCCACCUGCUAUGGCCUCUGACUGUGCAAAAUCUCACAAGCACAUGCCUAACAAAUAGCGACGGUCUAUGUGGCAACGAAAGUGGGACCACAGUCUUAACAUAAUCUUAGUCUAACUUAUCUAUAAUAAUAAAUAAUUUUAAAUGUAA